ACGCGCAACUGCAGCAGAUCGUCAGUCGCGCGGAGGGGCGGGCGGGGGAGCGCGCGCGCUUGCUCUUCAUCACUGCUCAUCCAGAAAUUCACUAGGAGGACCGGGACCGGAGAUCGGUUUGGGGGAACCUAAAACCCCACUGGACAGCUUCGAAGAGCCUGCAGAACCGGAGAACCGCCGGUGAGACUCGGAAAACCCACCGCACCCAAACGCACCGGGCCAGGUGAGCGAGGAGGAACCAGCAAUCCGCAGAGAUUCGGGUCCGGAUCUGAGUCCGGAGCCGCAGAGGCGCAGCGCGGAUUGAAGGAGCUCUCUUUGGGGUUUUAUUAUUAUUAUUUAUUUUUUACACGCCCUCGGAACCGGAGCUCGGAACCGCAGCUCCGUGUAGAGGCGGCGACUGAAGCCGGAGAGCAGCUGGGGGAGGAGCGGCUGUCGGUGCGCGGAGCUCCGGAGACCGAGUGGAUCAUCCAUGGGUUAGCCCGGACUGGUGGUCCACAGCAGCCUGCAGAACCCCGGAGGGUCCGCUCUUACCUGCACGCACCUGCGCUCCCUGACCCGACCUGCGGGGGCCGGAUGAUGUAGGCGCCGCUGCCCCGCCACCAGCAGCAGCAGCAGCAGCUACCGAAUCCCGAGUCUCAGCAACCCACCCAGGUCUCUGGACCCCAGGUCUCAGCCCCCCAGGUCCCCGGUCCAGAGAAGAACCAUGCCGGCGGGGAUGAAACCGCUGGAGAAGUUCCUGAAGAAGCAGACCACCGCGCUGACGCGGGCCGGGGGGUUCGGCGGGAUGGGGGACAAGGCCAGCGGUGGCACCGGGGCGUCCCGCAGGAGGGCCAGCCUGUCCCGGGUCGUCCCGUUCUUCAGGGAGACCUCACCUGAAAGCGGCCACGCGCGGGAGGUGUUCAGCCCUGACAGCGAGGAGCCCCCCUCCUGGCCCUCCGCUGCAGGAACUGGGCUGGCCUCAGUUCCGUGCAGUGCCAACGGCUCCUGCUCCGGUUCUGGUUCUGGAUCUGGGUCUGGAUCUGGGUCUGGUUCUGGGUCUGGAUCCGGUUCCGGUUCUGGAGGAGGAGACGUCCGCAGUCCGUCUUUGUCCAGCGACGAGCAGAGCUCCGAGGCGAGUCUGAUCACAGAGAGCAGUGGAGGAGGUUCUGGUUCUGGUUCUGGUCCAGGAGGAGGGACGCCUCUUCAUCCCGACACUCCAGAUAACCUGACGUUAGCGGUUCUGGACGGGGUGGCGGGAAAACGGUUCGGACACUGUUCAGAAACCCUGUUGGAUGACUUCAUGUUGACACAUCCCAUCUUCCUGACGGCCGACAGGCUCCAGCAAGUCCUGCUGCAGCAAUUCUCCCUGGAGGCAGAGCGGAGGGACGGCGAGGCCGAGGCGGCCAUGAGCGCCGCCGAGAGGAAGCAGGCGGUGCUGAACAUGGCCUUCCGCUACCUGGACACCUACAGAGAGCUGCUGCAGGAGGAGGGGGAGCGCAGCAACAGCUUCCCCAAGGAGCUGUACAUGUGUGCGGUUCAGGAGCUGACCCGGUAUCCUGAGCUGGUGGAGGACGUCCUGAAGCUGCAGCGAUGGUCCGAGAUCCUGCACUGCCCCUCCGACGAGGAAAAGGAGAGCAGGAAGAAGCAGGUCCGCCCGCUGUUCAGACACUUCAGACGUAUCGAUGCCUGCCUGCAGCCCCGUGAGGCCUUCAGAGGCUCAGACGAAAUCUUCUGCAGGGUGUACACCCCGGAUCACUCCUACGUCACCAUCCGGAGCCGCCUGUCCUGCCGGGUCGGAGAGAUUCUGGCGCUGGUCAAAGAGAAACUCCAGUACAGCGAGGACCAACCAGUUUUGCCCGGAAACCUCAUACUGGUGGCCGUCACCUCAGCUGGAGAAAAAGCCGUGUUUCGCCCCAGCGACGAGGCCGUCUUCACCACGCUGGGCGUCAACACCCACCUGUUCGCCUGUGAACCCUCUGAACUCGACUCUUUGAAAACCGAUGGAAGAUCCAGUUGGGAAAAUUUGACGUUUCUUCACGAGAGUUGCAAAACGUUCCACGGAGAACUCGUCAAUUUUGAGAAGAUGCAUAAAGUGGCUGAAAUGGUGAGAACCAUCAGACGGUACCGCAGCUCCCAGCUGGCCAUAGAUACAGAGACGUCCCCCUCCCACCUGCAGACGAAGGCCUACGUCCGUCAGCUGCAGGUGAUCGACAACCAGAACCUGCUGUUCGACAUGUCCUGCAAGCUGGAGCCCAAAGACACGUAGAGGGACGAAGGAGCGGCGAGGAAGAGGAGGAGGGUCACGACCUGGACGUUAGAUUUACACCUGCUCCUCUUCAUCAUAUAACAUAAAACAUUCUGUCAAACCUCUGAACCUGGAGACCCACAACUCUGGUUUCGUCUGUUUCUGGUUUGUCUCUGCAGGAUUCUGCAGAACCAGAACCGACCCGAAACCUAAGCAUUGGUUCCUAACACACAGCUGGAACCCAAAGUGGAGUUACGGCUCCUCCACAAACCAGUCUACCCAGUCGAUUCACAUAGUUAUUUAUAUUUACCUCAAAUUCUGCGUAUUUUCAGCUGCAGUAGCAGAAAAUCAGUGGCGAUCCUGAGGGGGGCCCAGUGGGGGCAAUGGCCCCCUUUUGAAAAAUGGUUGCCACCCUCCUGCACUCCCAGAGAAUCAUCUUUAUGUUGUAGAAACGUAUAAAAAGUUAUCUUCUUCAAGAGAUACAUGUAAACCCAGAUAAGUAUGAGUUGUUCAAAUAAAUAAAAAAUCAAUAAAGAAACAAAAUAUAUAUAUAUGCCCUCUAAAAAUGUUAUUAAAAUUUUCUGAAAAUAUGCAGAAUUUAACUAAAUAAACAAAUUUACCAUCAUUACAUCAGUGUAAUGAUGGUAAAGUUUAUUAUCAGGAAUCAAACAAAUUUCUCUUUUAAAAAUUUAAUUACAAAAACAGUUUAGUUCCCAUUUGAUUCCUUUACAAAGUGAUCAAACUUUGUCUUUAUUACCUGAGAUUUUUCUCUUUAUGCAUUUCCAAACAGGAGAACAGCCAUGAUGCAGCUUUAAAAUACAGGGGAAAAAUGAAGCAUCAAGUAAAAGUUUAUCUUUCUCUACCAGCAGAGGGCAGUAGGUGUCAGGUGCUGCUCCUUUAAAUUCAGAAGGUGCGUUAAAGAGCAAACCUUGAGCUUUAAUGUUUCUCCCGAAACAAUAUUUGAA